AUGGCUGCAGGAAUUCCCAAAUCCACAUUUCUCGGUACUUCUGCCGAGUUGUCCCUCGAAUAUCUCGGGUCUGUGGAUCGCGUGGUCACCAACUUCCUCUGUACUUGGUACCAUGCAUUUCCUGCUUGGAGGAGGCCCAAAUAUUGUGCCCAAAUCCUCUCUGAUCUCCAAGCCCAUCUCGAGAAAUUCUUUGAACUCGAAUACUACUUCAAGGAGACCCAGAUUCUGCAAGCGGUCAUCAAACGCUGGGGCCAGGAAAGACACAGCGACGCUAUCUUGAAUUGGUUGCAUGCCGAGUUUCUGCUUCGUGUUCAGGAAGCUGCAUGGCACCAUUCGACAACAAGCAGUGAGGUUACUCUGCUCUCCGACAAGAUCACCAGACUUAUGGAGGAGCUCGAGAAAUCUACCCUUGCUCCCAGCUUCGAUUACAACAGCCGAGAGAAGCACGAGGCACCCGUCGUGCUUCGAACAUUUCCUGACGAAGACCCGAGAAGCUCUACAAACUGUGUCCAAGAGUCGGCAAAGGGAAUCGAAAACGGCGCCGAGGAGAAAUUCCAUCAGCUAUAUGCCAAAUCAGAAGAAUAUGCAGCUCGAAUCCAUGCAUUGGAGAGCAUCGUUUCCGGACUUUUGUCCAACGCUUCGACGUCUUCGAUUGAGGCGAGUAUAUCUGCACAAGUAGAGAAUGGGCAGGAAUCUUCGGGUGCUCCAGGUGAGAGUUCCGAGGCGCUCACAGUUACCAUGCCCACGCCCGCUCCCACUACCAGAAGCAGCUCUCCUAUCCAGGACCCACAGCAACGCUGGCCAACCGUAGUUUUGUGUGUAAAGGACCAUCACACAAACAUGCUAGUGAGGUUGGGUUGUGAUUUACCCUUUGGGGGCUUUAGACGGAGUCUCAGAAGACCCGAUUCCGACUUCAUUGAGCUGUGGCAUGGGAACACUCAAAUCAUGGAUGAAGAUACGCCAAAUAGCCUUGGCCUCGAAGAGAAUUCGUUGAUCAACAUCGUGGUUCCUGUGCACAGAAGUGAUUGGGUUGACGUGUCUAAAAUGUACUCCAGGAACACACUUGCUGUCUGA